GAGAGAUUUGCGAGUUGUUCUCUUUUCUUUCUUUCUCUCUCACACACAAAAACACACACAUUUCUCUCUCUUGUAACUCUGAAACAGAGGAAACAUAGAGAGAGAGGCAGCACAUAUAGGUGAUAGGAGUUUAAUGCCCACCAACAUUUCCUCUUGAAUCAACCCCAUUCUCUCACACACUCUCACUCUCAUUCACUAGACCAUUUGUUUUCUCACAUUUUACUCCCUUUUCGUGUGAAGAACAAUGAUUCCUGCUGUUUUGGACUCAUUGUUGUUUCAUGUACAUUUGUUCCAAUCUUAAUCAACUUUGUUUCUCUAUUAUUUUAGUUGCUUCCGUUUCUCUCAGAUCUCUACCCUUUUGUUUACCUCUUUGAUUCGACUUCUCGAGAUGAGUAAAGAAGAGUUCUUGAAGAUUAAGACCUGUGUUCUGAAAGUGAAUAUACACUGUGAUGGAUGUAAGGGCAAAGUGAAGAAGAUCUUGCAGAAGAUUGAAGGGGUUUAUACAACCAAGAUAGAUGCAGAACAGGGGAAAGUGACAGUUUCAGGGGAUGUAGAUGCGGCCACCUUAAUCAAGAAGCUAGCUAAGAGUGGUAAGCAUGCUGAAAUAUGGGGAGCUCCAAAACCCGCCAACAACAACAAUCUCAAUAACCAGUUCAAGAACAUCCAAAUCGACCAAACUAAAGCUGGAAAUAACAAAGCCCAGAAAGGAGGAGGAGGCGGCGGUGCUAAUAAUAAUCAGCCAAAAGGAGGUGGGCAGCAGCAGCAGCAGCAGCAGCAACACCAAGGGAUGAAUCCGCAGCUAAUGCAACAGAUGAAAGCGUUUCAGGAUAUGAAUAAGUUACCCCAACCGAAAGAUCUUAAUAAGAUGGCCUUGCCUAAGGGACCUGCCGGGCCGAAUCCCAAUCAGAACCAGAAAAAUGUGAAGUUCAAGCUGCCGGAGGAGGAUGACUUGAGUGAUGAGUUUGAUGAUGACGAAUAUGAUGAUGAUGACGACGAAUAUGACGAUGAUGAAUUGGACGAUGAAAUUGAUUAUCCUCCACCCAACAAAGGGAAACCGGUUUUUAUGGGUAACGGCCAUGGUGGCGGUGGUGGUGGUGGUGGUGGAGCAGCAGGGCAGCCAAUGGGUAACAUGAUGAAUAACAUGCUUAAUGUCCAUCAGAUGAUGAAUGCCCAGAACAAAGGUGGUGGUAAUAAUAAUGGUGCUGGUGGAAAUGCUAAGAAGGCCGGUGCUAGCGGCGGCGGCGGUGGAGGGAAUCAUGUUCCGGUCCAGAAUGUUAACAAUAAUGGAAAGAAAGGUGGCGGUGGCGGUGGCGGUGGCGGUGGAAAUGGGAACAAUAAUCCAAAUCAAGGUGGAGGUGGUAAAAACGGUGGUAAAAUUGGUGGUGGGGGACCGUCUGAUGGUAAAAAUGGUAACAACAACCCCGGAGGUCAGGGUAAAAUUGGCGGGGGCGGCGGUGCUGGUGGUGGAAAUGGUCAUAACAUGGGCAAUGGAGAGAAGAAAGUGGGUGGAAUGAUGAUGAUGCCUAAUGGAAUGCCCAAUUUGAGCAAUGGUUUCCCACCCAACAUGGGUCAGAUGGGUGGAGGUAUGCCGAUGGGUCAAAUGCCGCCGUCCGCUCAGGGUCUUCCUGCCAUGGCGGCUGGGGGUGGAGGUGUUGGUGGAUAUUUCCCCGGAGCAGCACCGGAUGCCAUGACAGGAAAUCCGUACUAUCAACAGCAGCAGCAACAGCAGCAGCAGCAGCAGAUGGCGGCAAUGAUGAUGAACCAACAAAGGGCAAACGGGAACGAGAGAUUUCAUCCGAUGAUGUACGCCCGACCACCGCCUGCUGUCAACUAUAUGCCGCCAUACCACCCUUACCCGUACCCUCCUCAGCCGGAUCCCUACUCGCAUGCAUUUAGUGACGAAAACACUUCAAGUACUUGCAGUCUGAUGUGAAACAACCGCUGUCUUUAUUUUUAUUUUUAUUUUUAUUUUUUCUUAUGGUUUGGUGAGGUCUCUAUAGAUCUUUCACUUGAUACAAAAAAAAAUGCCAGUUGUAUUUCUUUUUGCCA